AUGGCUUCGAACACGACAAACAACGAGGUACGAGGUUCACACCAAAGGUUACAAACUUUGCUUCAUCAUCUCCAAUCAUCAUCCAAUUCCAUGUCCACCAAUUCACUCCACCAAAUUUCAAAUUCCAAACCCAACAAAAUAGCAGCGGUUCUGAUUUGUUUAUUCGAAGACCAAAAUGGGAAUUUACGAGUAAUUCUGACGCAGCGUGCUUCUUCUCUCUCCACCCACGCCGGUGAGGUUGCUUUGCCAGGUGGGAAGAGAGAUGAGUGUGAUGUUGAUGAUGUUCAAACUGCGUUGAGAGAAGCUAAAGAGGAAAUUGGAUUAGACCCUUCUCUUGUCACUGUUAUUACUCUUCUUGAACCCUUUCAUUCUAAGUACGGCAUCACAAUAAUACCGGUGGUUGGAAUAUUGUCCAACAAGGAUGCAUUUUCACCAGUUUUAGAUUCAGCUGAAGUUGAAGCAAUAUUCGAUGUCCCCUUGGAGAUGUUUCUCAAGAAUGAUAAUAGAAGAGCUGAGGAAAAAGAAUGGAUGGAAGAGAAGUAUCUGGUACAUUAUUUUGAUUAUGAGCGGCCGCCAGCUUUUCUAGAGCAGAGACCUAAAAUCUGGGGAGGAGUUACAGAAAAUGACGCGAUAAUACUACAGAGGAGUAAUUCACAAUUGUAA